AUGACUUCCAGAUCUGAAGCAGAGACUCAAUCUACUUCAGAGAGCGAACAACCAUCCACAAAUCAUCUCUUUCCUUUUCAACUCGGUGACAUCAUCAUGACCAGCCUUCAUUGUGAAAGUAUCCUUAACGGCCCGGCCUUAUCACCCAACCGCCUCAGGAAGCCCAAAAAAGUGAGAUGUCGCACCUGGAUGCGCAGAAACUCCAACGAAUCUAUCCAAAACAAGGUCUAUGAAGUGGUAGAAGGAGCCACUAGCCUUUGCUUCUCGGAUGAUGGGUCCUGGUUUCAGGGCAACAUUUUGCCACCUAAGCACUGCGUUUAUAAGAUCAUCGGUAAUCGCAUUGACACCGUCAAGGAAACCUCAACACAGGUUACGCCCUCACCUGCUGACAGUGGCUAUGCGUCCCCGCCAAAGGAUCCUGAGGCCUGCAAACCAGGAGAACGUCAGAGUUAUACGUCUUACAAUUCAACCUGCUCAAAUUCCGACUCGGAUCUUGAUCCAGAUUUGGUUCAGGCCGUUAUGGAUCAAUGGGACCUUGAAGAUGACGAUUCCGAUCUUGAGGAUGGCGAAAACCCACCCAACGUCGAGUUUUACAGGGUGACGGUGGCGGAUUUUGAAACCGGCAUCAAUUAUCGACUGAAUGGUGUGAAGGUGAUUCGAAAGAACUCGGAAUGUGAGAUCAAGUCUGACAAACUCAAGUUCAAGUCUGAGAAGUGCCUCAAAGGAGCAUUAGCCGAUCAAGCCUUGGUAAACCAAAUGGGACCCUCUUUCGCUGACCAGAAUUUGACGGUGUUCAAGGGUGAUGUCACAUUCAAAUAUCAGGAUCAAGUUUGCAAUCCCGUCAACGUCAUUGAAUCAAAAUGGUGCCUUUGAAGAUGAAAGGAUUUGAAUUAAGUCGAACUUGUCAUAUCAUAAUCGUUUGUAUAUUUCGUAUCGAGACGAGAAUUUCCAUCAGAAUCGAAAUCACUUUCACGCACGCUCAUCCUCCAAUUUCUGAAAACUAUCUUCCCUUACCAUGUGCUUUAUUAUUCAAACCAAUUUCACAAGCUCUAAUCUGCCGCCUGAAACACUUUUGGUUGAAAAUAUCCUGAAUAAAGAACUGAACAUUA